AUGCGGGUGACGACCGCGCGCCACUACGUCGGAAAAACCCGUAUCAGUGCGCCGUAUCGCCACUGCCGUCGUCAUCGCCGGGCUACAACCGCAGCAGCGGACGCGGCUUUUCUACGGCCGCAACAGCGGACGCGGCUUUUCUACGUGCGAGUCGCACGCCCCAGGGACCGCGCGAGAGACGAAAAACAAACGAAAAUUACGAAAACGUGCGCCGUGCGUUUUUCCGUCUCCGCGCGUGACGGAAAUCGCCCGGGAAACGCGGGCGGUGAAGACAUCGCCGGGACGACGGGAAUGACAACGGCGUGCCCGCUACAGUCGCGGUCGGACCGCACCGGACCACCGCGAUGCGAGACUGUUAUCGACCGACUUCGUCACACCGUCACAGCGGACAUCUUGAGAGGUGAGUGAUCGCGAUUCGCCGUUAUUAUUAUUUCGGGGCCGACUCGGUUUCGCGCCGCGGCGGCCGGUCGGCGCUUCGCGGGGGGGGUUAUUUUUUCGAUUUCGCCGGGCGCGUUUCGUGAAACGUCCGUGGGGGAGAGGGAAACGUGCGCGGAACCGUACGAACCGAGUUCCCCUCUGCACGCCAAUCGCUGAUACCCGGGGUGGGCGAACGACGAACUCCUCUCGCUGCGGUAAUCGCCACUGAAAACGAAAACAUGAUAAUCAACUGUUGCCCGUAAAUAUUGCGCCCGCAGCACGCGAUUUUUUUCACAUCGGACGUUAUUAUCGGUCCCUCCCCCCCCGCCCGUCACGUUUAUCGCAAUCGCAUCGUAACGUUAUCGUAACGAUAAUGCGAAAAGCGCAUCGUUUUAUCGAGUGUUCGGGCUUGCGCGUAACGCGUGAUCGGCGGUUGUUUUUUUUUUUUUUUUUAAAUCGAAACCGUCUUACAACGCACAUUAAGGGGUACGGCCGCGGUCGUUUUUCCCCUCCUUCCGCCGCCGCCGAGGUUAACGCGUGUCCGCCGCGCCGAGCGAGACGCCAAACGAAUUCCUCGGAUCGGUUAUCCGUGUGCACCGUCGUCGUUCCGAACACGGGCACAUCGGACGACGGCGAUGAAAUACCGUCGCACGCGAGCCCGGAGUUGAUUUUAUCCGUCCGGGAACCGUGGAAAGGUCACGUCGCGUUACGAAAUGAACGGCCGACAAUAGAACCGCCGACUUCCUCUAUGCGCGGCGAAUCGGCCGUCACCGACGGUCGACGACGAGCCGCAGGGCUUUCGGGGUCGGGGCUUUUCGCCCGGGGGUGGGGGGGCUCAUCGCGGAGGGCGAACAUUUGCGGCACACGGUCACGAUUGGCGCGCGCUUUCGCGUCGCGUUUUCCGGUCGAACGACGGCCGUUUUUUGUUGGCGUCGGUCGCGACGAACCGGUGCCGAACGCGCGGCGAAGCGUUUGUCGCGGUGCCGGAAAUACGGUGGAAAAAAAUUCGUAAAAAAAAAACAAUCCCGAACAGACGAACCCCGGAAACCCCCAUGGACCGCGCGUGAAACCCGACGAAACCGCCGGGCGGACUCUGCGGCGCGCACGCGGUAGACAAUUAUCACCGUGACAAUAUUUACAAUGCGUACGCGCGCGUCGGGCCGUCCGACGGUGAACCUUUGGCGGCGAUACCGUAACCGCAACGUCACCCGGCGCGGCUAUUUCUCGGGCCGACGCGCGGUACUCGAUCGGCGUUUGCAGCGGGUUUUGCGGCCACGCGUGACCGCGACACCGACGGCUUUUACCGCGAACGGUUCCGCGCUCACGGCGUUACUCUCCGUUGGUCAUACUCACGUACCCGUAUACCGCGUGUGUGUACGUACCACGCAGUACGCGUAAUGAAAAAAUUGCGCGGGGGACGAAAAAACCCGCCGUCGACCGUUGCGCGCGCGGUCGCGGAAUUUCCGAAAUCGUCCGCGGGGGGGUGAGAGCGGGGGACGAAUUAUCCGUGCGGCGUGACGGACGAUCGGCGCGGAGAGGCCGGGCCGGUCCUCCGGGCCUCGUCCGCGGUCCGCGUUAUCGGUUCGUUUUGUUUGUUUGUUGUUUUUUUUUUUUCCUGCCUUUCUUUCUUCCGUCGGGUUCGGUUCGGUUUUGUUUUUAUUCGCGGCCGAACAACAACAGCGUUCGGAAAGAAAAAAAAUUGUCCGGGCUGCGCGUUUAGGCCGUUCGCGGGGCGUCGACGAACGCGGCGACGGGGAAACGGGCGAAUCGCGGGGAAACACGUUUUUUUCACGUCUUUUCACAUUUCUUAACCGUUCGAUCGGCAGUCACGACGAUUCGUCAUUGUUGUCGUUAUAAUAAUAAAUAAUCGUACAGCCGCCGGAGUUCGACGCCUUAUCGCGGAAUCCAUUACGGCCGACGGGCGACGCGGAUAUCGCCAACGACUGCGGCCGGGACAUUAACGAAAACGCGGGAAGGGAGGGGGGGAAAUAAUAACAGCAAUGGAACCCGUUCGCGAACCGACGAAAGUUCGUGACGCGCGGUCGGAUUUUUUUUUUUAUUCUAACGAGUCGUUUUCUACCCGUCGGACGGCGCACCCCGUUCGUUACUCACGAGCUCGCGUCUGCGCGCACCGGUCCCGCGGGCUUUUACGCGGCGGAAAAACGAACCGCGUUUCGCGGACCGGACGUCCGUCCGGAAUUCGCGGCCGGGGUCGGGAAAAACAUCCCGAAGCGAAAAACUCGAAACGACGACGCGUGCCGCGGGCGACCGUCCGGCGCGCAACAACGUCCGAAACGGGGGUGGGGGGGGGGUGUGUGUCCGCGUUCGAACCGCGCGGUUUUCGAUUAUAUUUUCGCGGGAGGGCGUCGGCGGCCGCGCGGUUUUUUUUUUUCCCCCGACGCGCGAACGAUUCGCCUAGGAUCUUUUCUGCGGCGGUCGACGACGACCGCGACGGCCGGGAACGUGGAGAAAGAAAAAAAUUAAUAAUAAUUGGCGACCUCGCGUUUCAUUCGUUACCCGAUUUUUUUUUUCUUCUUCCGCGCUCCGCACUAGAGUCGCGCUCCGCGUGACAGAGAGGGCGUCACACUCCGCCUCGGAACGAAAUACGCAAAUAUUUCGGCCGCUGCGUAAUAUUAUGUAAAAAACUGUUACGUACGCGACGCGUUAUACGCGCCUGUAUCGAAAUUAUUAUUAUUAUUAUUUUUUCUUCUAAAAAAAAAACUUAAUUCCCGAGACGUAAAUAGUCGUUUUGAAUAAAGCCGUCGUUAAACCGCACCGCCGCCGCCGCCGGUAUUCAUUAUUUAUAAUAAUAAAUUAUGUAAAAAAAAAAAAAAAAAAACGGUGUUUUAAUGGUUUUUUUGUUUUGUUUUUUUUUUUGUACAGAUACAAUAACGGCCCGAACACGCGAUAACGUCGAAAUAGAUCCGCCGAUGACGACGCACACUUAUCCAUUGUAG